AUGUUUCGCAGCUGCAUUCGAGGUCAACUGACCUCAAAACUAAUGCAGCGACGAUGUUUCACAAGUACUAUCUCACGACAGGCUGAUUUUACACAUGCUGUCAUCGGUGGAGGUGCAGUAGGCCUUGCAAUUGCGAGGCAAUUGGCAGGUAGAGAUGGGGCAAGCACAUUACUUCUCGAGCGAAAUAGUGCCGUGGGAAUGGAAACCAGUUCGAGGAAUUCUGAAGUUAUCCACGCUGGUCUUUAUUACGGCGCCGAUUCCCUCAAAACCAAACUAUGCAUUCGUGGUCGUCAAAUGCUCUAUACCCUCUGCGCCCAAUACAACAUCCCUCACAAAAACAUGGGCAAAUGGAUCGUAGCCCAAACAGACCAACAAUACGAAGAACUCAUCAAAGUCCACGAGUUCAGCAAAACGCUCGAGAAUGUCCCCACGCAUUUCGUAUCGUUGAAACAGGCUGCCAUCGAAGAGCCAUACGUGCGCGCACACACGGGGAUUCUCGCGAGUCCGUCGACGGGCAUCGUAGAUUCGCAUGCGUAUAUGCAAUUUCUGCAUGGAGAUUUUGAGGAGCGGGGUGGAGAUACCGCGUUGAAUAGUAAUGUGGUUGCGAUUACUCCAUUAGGUGACAAGGGAAGUAUGGGCUGGGAAAUCCUCGUGCGGGAUAAAGCGAGCGGGGAAGAAAAUACCUUUAACGCGGAGAGUAUAGUUAAUUCCGCGGGCUUGGGAGCGUGCGCUGUGAAUAAUAUGAUUUUGCCGCCGGAACAACAUCUCACGCAGUAUUACGCGAAGGGGAAUUAUUUCUCCUAUUCCCCCAGUACGCCCACGACGAAACAUCUUAUUUAUCCGGCGCCGGAGCCGGGGCUCGGGGGGCUGGGCACGCAUCUUACGCUUGAUAUCGCGGGACGGAUUCGUUUUGGUCCGGAUGUGGAGUGGGUUGAUAGCGCGGAGGAUUUAGCGGUUAAUAGUGCGCGGUUGCCGCAGGCGAUAGAGCAGAUACGACGGUUUUUGCCGGAUGUGAAGGUUGAGGGGAUUCGGCCGGAUUACGCGGGCAUUCGACCGAAGUUGGCGAGGGGAGGGGCGGUGGGGAGUGGGAAGGGGUUUCAGGAUUUUGUGGUGAGGGAUAUGAGGGGGGAGGGGUGGAGCGGGUGGGUGAAUUUGCUGGGGAUUGAGAGUCCCGGGUUGACGAGCAGUUUGGCGAUUGCCGAGGUGGUGGAGGGGGAGUUGUAUGGGUAA